AUGGCGGCCAAACACGCGCAGCAGGCGCUGUUCUCAGCGCCGCAGCACAGCGCCACAGUGACGGGCGCGGGCGCCAGCAGCUGGACGGCGCCCGGUUCGAGCGCCAAGAACGGGGACCAGGACCAGCACCAGCACCAGGGCCAGCACCACAACCGCCCCGGCGCCGUUUGA